AUGAGUGGCGAAGGCGGCCCGCCGGGCAAGGAGGCCGGGGAUAUUUCCAAGCUGCUCGGCAAGGCCAGGAUACCGGGAGUCAAGAAUCCAACUCCAAACCCGAAUCCCAUUCCAAAUGCGCCCAGACAAUCCGCUCCCGCCGCUCCCGUGGAGCUCGACAUCCCCGACGAGCUGGCCGCGAGGAUCCUCGACAUAAGCGACGGGCGCCUCAUUAACGGGGUGUGGGAACCCGUCAUAACACAGGAAGAGCGGUCUCAGCCAUUCGGCGCCACCGUCGAGGAGUUUGAAAACGCAAUCAACUACGAGGUGAGUCAGCUCGAGGCCGAGAUCGAGGCGGGCACGUACCCGUUCGCGGCGGACCCGGGCGCGCAGUUCCUGCGUCAGCUGAAGAGACAGGAGGAAUACCGCAGCAGCAUGGAAAGUCGCAAGGCCGCACCAGUCGUGGCGCUCUUCGCGGGUUCGCUCACGGGAGUCACCGCGCCGAUGUGGGCCCUGUGGUCACCCUCGGACGCAAACAGAAAGAUGGAGUUUGCAUCCUACGAGGACUACAUCGAGUACAAACGGAAGAAAAACCUGCUGAAGAAGUUCAAGGGCGCGACCAAGAAGAUCAACAUCCUGAUGAAGGCGACCGCGGGGUUCGACCAAUCCGGUAAGGCGCGCGCGGAACGAAGGGAGGAGGAGGGCAGGGCGGAGACCAAGAAGGACGCCGCCGCGCUGGGUACCGGCCAGCCGUCGUCGUCCAAAGGGACGGCCGCCCCCGCCGCCGCCGCCGCCGCCGCCGCCCGCGUCAACGAGAUCCAGCCUCCAGCCUCGACGGAGGAGGAGGAGUUCGAAUCGUCCGAGUGGGAAGCCGCCGCGUUUGACUCGUACGCGGCCGUCGCGUUUAAAAAGUUGACCGACCCGACCGAACCGCGAGAGACCCUGCGCGAGAGGGUCAGGCUGCUCAACGCGGACCUCAAGAAAGAAAGGCACGAACGAAAGCGCAGCGCGAUGACCAGGUCCAAGAUGACCACCAGGUCGCAGGUGCAAGACGCGAUCCAAGUGUUCGCGCAGGUGAUCGAGAACGAAGAGGGCAUCGCCGUCUGCGAUUUCAUGAACGCCCUCGUGAUGAAAUCGAUGGCGACCGACGCGGAGACUGAGAUAUUCGGCGAGCUCGCCGAUGGCGUCUCGUACCCGCUGAGCAUGGAGACCAUGCGGGACGAGCCCAAAUGCAUGCUCGGUGAAGCCGUGAGGAAGUUCCGUCCGACCAAGCCGAGGGUUGUGGUCGUCGUCGAGAAACGGUACAUGUCCAUGGCCAUAAAUGCCCUCAAGAAACACCACGAGGACAGCGGCUCCGGCGGCAGUGCCUUCUCUAACCUUUAUCCCGCGCUAGGGUUCGUCGUCGUUCCGAACGGCACUUCGAUGUCGCUGGCGAAGGCUAAUCUCAUGAUUGCCCUCGCGCGAAUUCUAAAACGUCACGCCCUCGCCGUCACGUGCACCGGCGGCGUGAGCGUUUUGCAGCAGAUGCACCAGGCGGCGAUUUGGGACGUGCCGAUGAUCGUGCUCGACGAUUCCGGUCGCAUCUCCGAUAUCUGGAUGAAAAUGUGGCUGAGGCGAACGGCGGAGAAGUUCAACGCGGACAAGGCGCACAAGCUGAUCAGAAGCAAACUCGGAUUUAACAGAGGUGUGGAGAGCGCGCACAUGGUUCGUGAAAUUCUGAAGAAGGGAUCUCUCAUGUUGCAUUCCAUCAAGAGUGACGAUUCCAGCGCGCUCGAGCGACUCUUUCGCAUCGAACUGCAAGGGGACCAACUCAUCGAGACGGCGCAACGCAGGAUCAAGUCUUACAGGAGGACAAUCAAGGAAUACAAGGUGUGGAAGCCAAAGCUAUUGCUAGCUACGAUUUUCUUUGGAUUGGCAGCCACGCUUGCCUCUGUCUUCGUCAGCAAUCUCGACAGCAUGAGUCUCGGUUCAGGGGACCAUUCGACAGCAAAGACGGGCUUGAAAUGGAUAGCCGUCGGAGCUCCCGCGGUACUGGUAAUUCUCAACAACAUCGAGAACUUUGUGAACUUCAACAACAUGCUGAUUAUUGCGGAGCGUGCCAACGCAAAAGUUGAAAGUUUACUGUACAUCUAUCGCUUGAGGGCACUGAACUUCAGCGAUAGCUUCAUCGAUCGGAAAAGCAAAAUGGAGAUGCAAAGACAAAAGAUCGAAGAAUCCCUGGAAAAGCAACGUCAGCUCGAGGCCAUGAGGGUUGGGAAUCGAAAGGCGCUUCAACAAAUGAGGGGUGACGAAGAUGACGAAGAUCCAAGCGAGGAUGAAGACGAAUCCAACAAGCCAGACGAGAAUGAUCAGUCUUCCGGUGACGUCAUCACUCGACGCCAAGCAGAACUCGCUAGUCAACUUGAGAAGAUAAACCACGACUUUUCCGAGUCUGGGGCGAUUCUGUCAGAACUGUCGAGUGUCUUGGACAGGGGGCGAAAGGAGGAGAUCAAGAACAAGGGCACCGAAAACGCGAAAGAGCUCACGGCGACGCAGCUGCACAGAAGGCGCGUUCCCAGCAAGUCUAGAGCUCAAAAAAUGGUCACCCCAGGCGGUAACGACCCGACGACGGCAGAGGUCAGCGACGACGACCUCGACGACUCAGGAGGAAGGCUCGGCGCCCUCGACCUCGACAUGAUGAGCCCCAUCGCGGUUGCCACGCCCUGGGCAACUAGGAUGGACGAAGCCGCCAGAAACAUGGACGCGAAUAUGCAGCGAGGCGUCGACGCGGCCAACACCGAAAUUCAGGCUCGCAGCGGCCAGACCUUUGGCGGUCAAUCGUUUGGAGGUAAGACUAUUCUCGCGGCGCAGAGCAUCGGCACUCCGGCCCGGCGACUGGAGGGUGACUUUGGAGGCGCGUCGGGCGUGAUUAGUCCCGGUGGGAUGAUGAGUCCCGGAACCCCCGCGAAGCUGAAGAAGCUGGGAAGCAGUCAGCUCAUGCUUUUGGAUAGCGUCGUCAAGGGUGCCAAGACAAAACGCACGAGUGUCUCGGCAUAUCUCGCCGCCGAGGCUGAUGCGGUUGACAAGCAGAUCCACGAGUUCAUGGCGGAUUUGGCAAAGGAGACUGACGACAUGGACGUCGUCCGUUUCAUCGUUGAACUGGCCAAGGCGACCAAGUCGGACGUUCUCGCGUUCAUCAACGAGCAAGCCGCGGCGGAAGGUUGGACGGUCCCGCAGUACAUGUUUUUGCAGGCGUCGAGGGCUGGGUUUGGUGAAGGGCCGAGCGGUUGGCGGGAGUUUGCCGAGCGGUUGGCGCAGACGGCUCAGCUCGAGCGCGCCAAGUAUACCGAGUUGAUGGCCGCGGCGAGUGGGAUAUCAGUGUCCCAAUACCUGGAACAGAAAACGGCGGAGCUGGCCAGGGCGGCGAACAUGACCGUUCCACAGUACCGUCGACAUCAGCUCCGCUUGCAAGGCCAGAUGAGACAGGCUCAGGGCGCAAUCGCCGGAGCUCAACAUUUUGCCCUGGAAAUUCCAGGGCAGAGCUAUCAGACGCCAGGCGUGAAGGCGCCGCAAGGCAAACUUCCGCAGCUCACGACUCCACAGCUGGGAACGAUAAAGAAACCUCGGGUUCCCAAGACACCCGUGCAAUCGCUGUUAUCGUCUGUAAUGUCCCCACUUGCUAAAAAAUCGAGCAAGAUUCAUGCGGAAGGGGCGACAAAGCUCGACAGGCUGCAGAGCAAGCACGGAGGAAUUGCGUCGGUGUUCCAUCAACAACUCACCAAGUCGAAGGUCAGGGCGAAAGCCGAGCUAAAGGAAUUCGAGGAUAGCGGCUUGGCGACCAUCAACUCGAGGGAUUACGUCCGCUACCGCCUCUCCAUCCAGCUGAGGAGGUUCCGCGAGAAGUACGCGGCGCUUCAUUUCUAUUCCGUGAUUGUUCAGGUUUGCAACUACGUCUUGUCCGCGGUGGGAUCCAUCCUCGCCACGGUGGGAAGGCCCGAGUGGGUAGCCAUCACCGUCGCGUUCAGCACGGCUCUGCAGGGAUGGCUGAGGCAGAACCGCAUCGAGGAGAGGCGGCUCGCGUUCCGUAAAGCAGCCGCGGAGCUCGCGGACGCUCGGAUGAAGUGGGACGCGGUUCCGAUGGAGCACAAGAUGAUGCAGAAGGAGAUCGACCAGCUCGUUUACAGGGUCGAGUCCGCGAUCGUGAGCGUGGUGGAUCCCCUGCCGACGCAGGUGGUGUGCCCGAGCCUGGAAUCGCUGCUUCUUCCCACGGAUGAAAUCGAGGGACUCGACGAGGUUGUCAACAAGGAUGGGAAACAGCGAUGA